UUGUAAUGAUAAAUUUUUUUGUAAAUUUCUUUGAAGUUUCGGGACGCACUCUCAUUUCUAUUUCCACAUCCUCCACAGCCAAACAAGCCCCUCCUCCUCCUGGACCCAAGGCCUUCUCUGCAUUCGGCAAAUUAAUUAAGGAUUUUUUUUUUUGAAAAAGCCUAUUGGUUUAGCAGAAAUAUCGCCGCUAUUUUCCGUUACACUGCGACCCACUGCUAUUGAGGUCUUUAGCGGUUGCGGACGGCGCCGUUACCAUGAAAUAGCGGCCCACACUGGUAUUUGAAACCAUGCUGUAAAGUAAUCGUAAAGACAUCGGAUGGAGAUGCAGUACGCUCACGGUCUAUUCGAGAGACGCCCCCUUCUCAAAUCUAAGGCUCCAGUUGUUAAAUGGUUCAAAAGAUGGGUACCUCAAGAUGUUGUAGCAACGGGUGGAAAAUGCAUGGUUUUGAAAUGGGUAAAUGAGAACACCUUGAAAGCAUUGAAUGACAAGGAGAAAGAGCCUGAAGCACCAGAGCCUGAGCCAGAGCCUACUACUGAAGUUCUCUUCCUUUGCAGCUAUGAAGGCUGUGGAAAGACCUUUAUUGAUGCUGGUGCUUUGAGAAAGCAUUCACACAUUCAUGGAGAAAGACAAUAUGUUUGUCACUGGGAGGGUUGUGGAAAGAAAUUUUUGGAUAGUUCAAAACUUAAAAGACACUUCCUCAUUCACACUGGAGAGAGAGACUUCAUAUGCCCACAUGAAGGUUGUGGUAAGGCAUUCUCCUUGGAUUUCAACCUGAGGUCACACAUGAAAACACAUUCACAAGAAAACUACCAUAUCUGUCCAUACCCAGAUUGUGGAAAGAGAUAUGCUCAUGAGUACAAGCUAAAGAAUCACAUUGCAUCACACCAUGAAAAGAACACGACACCAGAAGUGGCAAAAUAUGCCCCACCUUUAGAGAAGAUAGUUAAAACUCCAAAGCCUACUGGUGGCGCCUAUGGUUCUGCAUCAUCUGAUCGCCCUUAUGCUUGCCCUUAUGAAGGUUGUGAGAAAGCUUACAUACAUGAAUACAAACUAAAACUCCAUUUAAGGAGAGAGCAUCCUGGACAUAUGUCAGAUGAGAAUGCUGAGAACGCGACAGCCAAUGUUGACAAUGAGAUGGAUGAAGCCAGUGAUCAAGAUGCUUAUGCUGGAAAGCGAGUUAAUGGAAAAAGUCAGAAACAACAAAGUAGGGCCAAGCCAAAUUUGAAGAUGCCUCCGGCAAAGGUUGCUCGACAGAAAGGCUCGAGUCCAUCUCCUGCCACUUUGCCUAUACCCAAGAAACAAUGGCCAAUCAAAGAACAAGUAUUUGAGGAAGAGGAUAGCGAAGAAACUGAAGAAGACCGUGACAAUGUAGAUGAUGGAUGGAGGUACCGGGAAAACAAUGAAGAUGAUGACGAAGAGACAGAAUAUGAAGACUAGAGCAGGCAUACAUACUACUCAACAAAUGUGGUGUUGGGUAUUUAGCAUCCCUUUCCCUCACUGGUCUUAAUUCUAUUACAGGAGACUUUAUGUAUUUGUCUGCAUGAUGUUAGGGAAAGGGAAUUAUUCUCGCACCUUCCUUUUUUCUUCCCAGCUUUCAUAGGGCGGUUACUGUUAUGCCUUUUUCAGUUUGAAGGGUAUGAUUUAUUAAUAUACAAGUAUGAUUCCCAGCUUCGCUUGGGAAUUUUUCUCAUUACAAAUAA